GAUAUGAUCUAACUAGAAUGUAAAUAGAAGAGGCCUAUACUCUUACAGUGCUUACAGUGCUCUCCAAAAGUAUUUGAACAGAGUGAAAUUGUUAUUUUUGCUGUAUACUCAAGGAAUUUGGAUUUGUGACCAAAAUAUGAAUAUGACAAAUACAGAAAAUAAGUUAUUAUUUGAUGGUAUUUACAUGCAUAUAAAUGUUACCAUUUUACAGAAACAGCUGUUAUUUUGUUGAAUCCUCCCAUUUUCAGCAGUGAAACAUUAAGUUAACGGAUGACUGACGUGUUCACUGUUGCUCAGAUGUUUAUUUAUUUAAUUCAUUUUUUAUCUAUGGCUGAAAAACAAGUACUCUGAAAACUGAGAAAACAGAAUUAAUUAAGAAUGACAGCACAGAAAGUGAGUGUAUGAAUUCCAGCAGUUUGCAAUGUCUUGUAAAAGAAAAAACAACACUGGUGGAAACUGGUGGAAAUAAAUACCAUACUGGUCAGCCAAGGAAGAUAACAGUUGAUGACAGACAAACACUAAGAGCUGUGAAGAAAAACCGUAAAACAACUGUCAGUGGCAUCACUAGAGGGCAAGGGUGAAAAUAUCACUAUAAAUGGACUGCAUAUCUGCUAUCACUCAAUAUAUAGCAAAGAAUUGAAUGUAGGUUUGCUUUGAUGUUUUUUAGAAUCAGCCUUGAAUCUUUGCAUGUUACAGUUCAAUUUGAAGCAUGCAUAUUGCAUACACAUAUUGCAUGCAUAUUGUUUUUACAGGACAACUGUCUCGCUAAUGGAAUGUUAUUUUAUCAUCUAGGGUGAAAAGGGGGAGAUGGGCUGGGCUGGGUUUCCAGGAGAAUUCGGACUACCAGGAAUGAUUAAAGGUCAACAAGGACGGAAUGGGACUAAAGGGAGGAAAGGAGAAAAGGGUGGCCAAGGCCCACCAGGAGACAAAAGCCCUGCAGGCUACCGUGGUCCUCCUGGCCAGAAGGGCGACCCAGGAUUGAAAGGAUGGAAUGGUGUAAAAGGUCAACAAGGCCCAAGGGGAGCACCAGGGAAAAGAGGCAAAUUGGCAAUGAAAGGAAAUUCUGGACCACCUGGGCCCUUAGGACAUGUUGGAUCCAUGGGCCAGCAAGGCCCCGCUGGAGUGCCUGGACUACCUGGAAAAGUGCAUAUUUUACCAGGACCAAAAGGGGAGAAGGGCAUCACAGGACCUUCAGUGAAAUGCAACUGUAGCUGGGCAAAUUCAUUUGAGCAUGUAACAAAAAAAGAUUAUUCUGAAGUCCCAUCGAUUUAUAUUGUGGACAGCGAGAAGGAGAUGUCUCACUUUAAAUCCAAGAAUAUUAUGGUCUUAAGAAGGGACACUCGCACCUUGUAUAUCUAUGAUGGCAAUAAGUGGACAGCAGUACAGGUCUCUUCAGCAACUUAGAAGAAAUGGAUCUCCUCUGCCCUAUCUUAUUUAUCUUUGAUGUUCAAGCUGAAAAACUGUAACACAGACACAGACACAGACACAGACACACACACACACAAUUAUGCAUUACCCCACAACAUCAGUUUGCUAUACUAUCUUCAUGCUUGACUUGCAUCGGGCAAGUUGUUCAUUCACUUCCUCGUAGCUGCUUAGCUUAACCAGCAGCCUUUCAUAUCAGUACUUCAAAUAUUGUAAUUAUGCUGUAUUAUUUGAUUAUUAGAACCUGAAGUACAACAGUGUUUAACUAUAAUAAUGCAUUAUUAAUUGCUAAUAUUUUAUUAACUGUAUUAUUUAUAAUAAACAUAAUAAAUGUUCAAUUUCUUUAUGUGAGGUCAUUUUGAGGAUCUUAGUUCAUUGAUUUUUACAUUCUAAAAGCCAUCUAUUAAAACCAAUAAUCUUUGUUUCUGUAUUGUACUGUUGUACUAACAGGACUCUUAAUCUGCACAUUUGUUUUUGUUCAAAGCAUUUGCAAAUGCAAUUAAUUAUUACAGAUAGUGUGUAUGAAAGCCACAGUAAUUUAUUUUCAGUUCUCUUUCAUAUCUGAGUUAGGCCAACCCCUUUAAAUGCUGCAGUAUUUACCCUAACUUUGCAUGAGAAGCAUAUUGCACAUGUUGAAAAGAAAAUAAAAUAGAGAACCUGGACCAUGUGUAAUAUUUUUGAUAUCCAGUGUAAACUCUUACUUAUUGUACUCCAUAAAAAGUCAAAUCAAGCUUCAUAGGGUGAUGCACAAUAGACCACCAUGAUCAUAUAUCGCGUCGUCCUGAAUUCCACACAUCCAACUUGCUCCAGCUGAAAACAACACUGAAAGAGGAAGACGACAAUAAGCGAAAAUGAGACAACUACAAGAAUGCCCAAAAGUUGUUGUGUUGUGAACUGCAUAG